GGUGGAGGUAAGAAGCUUACCUUACUUGCCUGUACCGCCAGCGCCAUGGACGAUUACCCCAUGUUCGGUUGGCUCACGUUCUCCGUACUCUGGCAGCCAUUGCUGCGACUGUUCUUUCCGCUCGGGUUCACGAGAGUGGUGUGCCCGCACGUGACCACAAAGGGGGGCACGAGUACUGUGCCAUACACACCGGCAGAGCAAGCCGAGAUUGACAAAAGAUUAGCCGAGAAGCGGGAGGAGCGGGAAAGGAAAAAGAAAGAGAAAGAGGAGGAGAUCGCGAAAUUGAAGAAGAAGAAAGAAGAAGAGCUAAAGCGGAAAGAUGAAGAGGAGGAGGAAGAAGAAACUGAAAGCCUGGAAAGGAGGAGACGGUCCCUUAUAGAGAAAGGGAAGGCAACAGAAGCAAAACAAGAGGAAGAGGAUCGUGAUUGGCUGAGGCAGUACGUGGAGGAAGAGCGCUUGGAGAAGGAGGGAGCGCAGAUCCGUGAAAAGUUGGGGGCAAUACCAGCAGAAGGGGCCGCAGCAGAUCAACAGGCCCUUCUGACUGAGGCAAUAAAGUAUACAACGGCUGAAUUAGCCGCCCUGAAGCGGGCACUGACCGAUGUCAGAGCGCACCAGGAGGAGUUCCAAUCUACUUGGAACAAUUAUUUGGUUGCUGCUAAUCGCAGGAUGGAUGACAGGACGUUAACAUUUGGGGAAGCAGUGACAAAUGGCGUGCUGAUAAAGAUGGAGGAAGAAUUUCUGAAGUUGAAGAAAGAACUAGGAGUCGGGAGAGGUGAACGUGGAGGAGAUGACCGGAAGGAAGGGAUCAGAAGGGAUAUGGGUCCUGCGACAGUGGGGUUUGAGAAGAAAGAGAGGAUGAAGAUGAAGACGCCGUGGACGUACACAGGCGCCGCAGGUGAGAAUUACUUGCAGUGGCAGGCGCAGAUGGAAACUUACCUGUACGGGCAGCGCAUCGAACCCGAAGAACGAAUCAUAGUUGUCCAUUCCUGUUUAGGUGGGCACGCAGCGAUCUACACCCUCCAAUUAAUGCGACAGGACGGAUAUGAGUCUGUCGUUGACUGGUCCCACGGAAUCCCAGUCAAACGGAUGUUUGACGCACUGCACCACCGUUUCACAGACCCGACACUUCCGCGCAAGACAGCGGAAGCAAUUCUGCAUCUUCACGAGGGGGCAUGGAGAAAUACCUCCGCCCUCAAGCGCCAUACUGAUGAGCUGUUGCAAUGCUCCGAUAAUGGACUGACGCCAGCCCAAUUGCUUAACUCCUUUGCACGCGCCAUUCCUGAGCCCUUGAAGUCUAACCUCUUCCCGUUGACCAAGGAGGAAGGCAUGACCUAUGAAGAAUUUCGCAGGCGUGCCGUAGACCAGGCAGGCUUCCUGAGUGAGGCAAAUGCCCACUUUUGGAAGGACCUGCAACGAGGGAGAAAGUGGCGGGGAAAGACUAUCGCCAGCAGCGUCCAGACCAAGGAUGGCCUGUUACUGACUUUUGAGGAAGGGGGGCUAGAACACCUCCCAGAGGAACAGAUUGAGUUCGGUUCAGGCACCGACAGCGACGGUCAACUGGUCCAGGGAGGGGACUGGACGACUGUUGCAGCCCGUGGGGGAGGGCACCAGGGUAGAGGCCAAGGUAGAGGAAGCCGAGGUCGAGGACGGGGACGUCAGAGCGGCUACCAGGGGGGUGGCAACGAUCAGGGUUGCUACGUGGGAGGUAGGGGCUAUGGUCCUCCACAGGGAGGCCGAGGACGCUCGUCCUUUGGGGGAAGAGGAAGAGGAAGCCGACCAUAUCCCGAGCACCCGGGAUUAGAAGAUGGGAAACCAUGGAUUGCCAUGGGGAUCUCAUAUGAGACAUGGGCGGCACGCAAGCGCAAUGAUCAGUGCUUGAAGUGUGGGGACCCCACCCACAUUGUUCCCUUUUAUCCUUCACUGCCGUUUAUCGUCACAACGGAUGCCAGUCAAUAUGGCAUUGGUGUCGUACUCCAACAGGAUGAUGGCCACGGUUACAGGCCAGUCGAGUUCAUGUCCACUAGACUGCCCAGCGACAAGGUCGCUGCCUCCACGUACGAGCGAGAGCUCUACGCACUUCGCGAAGCUUUGGACCACUGGCGACAAUAUCUGCUGGGGAGACACUUCAAAGUGUACUCCGAUCACGAGACCCUACGCUGGUUGAAAACGCAGGCCCGGAUGACUCCGAAAUUGACUCGGUGGGCCGGCGAGAUCGAUCAAUAUGAUUUUGAACUGCGACCAGUCAAAGGGAAGUACAAUGUCGUCGCUGACGCGUUAAGUCGAAGGUCUGACUUUUUCGGUGCCAUCGUGACUUACCUAGAUGUAGGCACCGAGCUGCAACAGCAGAUCAAGACUGCAUAUGCAGCAGACCACAUUUACAGCGUGCUGAUGCACAAAGUACAGACCGUUCCCCAUGAAGUUCCGAACUAUCGAGUCACUGACGGGUUACUAUUCGAGAAGACUGACAGGUUCGAUCGACUGUGUAUACCAAACAGCGAACCGAUUAAAAGUAUAGUCUUGGGAGAAUGCCACGAUUCUGAAGGCCAUUUCGGCUGGAAGAAAACUUAUGCAAGUUUACUGCGUUCGUAUACUUGGACAGGCAUGCAAGUUUACUGCGUUCGUAUACUUGGACAGGCAUGAAGCACGACUGCAUUGCGUAUGUGCAAGGCUGCCAAAUACCCGAUUCUCGUGUGUGUUUGCAAUCGGAAGUGUUGGGUGAAGUUUCCUGCAAUUUGCAGUUGAGAAGUCGAGGAUCAUUUCAUCUUUCCAUGUUCCUGCGUAAAAUUCGUUCUCAUUUUGCGAAUUUCAUGAGUAGCGGAGUGAGGCCCAUAGUAGAUUGCAGCGCCGCCAUAUUCGGCCUUGUCCUAGCCGCAGUGCCAAACCCCGGUCCUCGACUUCUUUUUUUUUUUUUUUUUCCGGUCAAAUCACAACGGCAGCUCCGUUUCUUCGGGUUGGCCUCCCACACCCUCGGGCAUCGGCCGCGGACCGGUUCGGGAAGGGCAGCUCCAAGGUACUGGUGGUUUAAUCACAAAAGAAGACACACUUAACAGUCCCCGGGUGGGGAACAAACCCUGCACAAUUGGAUGGGCAUGGAUCAAAGGUGGAAAACGACAGUCUCCUCUAUAAGUAGAACCAACUACUAAUGAAUUGUCUGGAGCCGG